AAUAAGUGAGGAAGCCACAAAUCGUCUGGUCUAUCUCCUCUUCUCCAGCGCUGCUCUCCUAGCUCUUGUGGGCAAACUACCUGUUGUGAAAUGGCAAUGAAAGUGCCUGUAGGGGGAUUGAGCUUGGCACCACCUUCGUCUUCCUCUUUGUGCCCUCCUCCUAAGAUGGCUCUGGUCCGCUGCUCGCCUCUCAGGACCUCCUUCUUCAAUGGAGGGGUGGGAAGAUUAAAAGCCGUGGGGGUUCAGAAAUCCCAUUGCAAUGCACUAAAAUGUGUUGAACGUGGUAGUGGAGCUCUUGGAGUGCAAAUGAAUCUUUUUGACCGCCUAGCGAGAGUAAUCAAGUCAUAUGCAAAUGCAAUCCUUAGUACUGUGGAGGAUCCAGAAAAAAUUUUGGAUCAAGCAGUUCUUGAAAUGAAUGAUGACUUGACAAAGAUGCGCCAGGCGACAGCCCAGGUUUUAGCCUCUCAAAAAAGGAUGGAGAAUAAGUAUAAAGCUGCUCAACAAGCUUCUGAUGAUUGGUAUCGGAGGGCUCAACUUGCUCUAGAGAAAGGAGAUGAAAAUCUUGCUCGGGAGGCCCUCAAACGAAGAAAGUCCUAUGCUGAUAACGCCAACUCAAUGAAAGCUCAGCUAGAGCAACAGAAAAGCGUGGUUGACAAUUUAGUUUCUAACACUCGUCUUUUGGAGAGCAAGAUACAGGAGGCUAGAUCUAAGAAGGAUACACUAAAGGCCCGGGCACAAUCGGCGAAGACUGCUACAAAGGUUAGCGAGAUGUUGGGAAAUGUUAAUACCAGUAGCGCCCUUUCAGCAUUUGAAAAGAUGGAGGAAAAGGUUAUGGCAAUGGAGUCCCAAGCGGAGGCCCUUAAUCAGCUUACUGCUGAUGAUCUGGAAGGAAAGUUUGCAUUACUGGAGAAUUCGUCGGUUGAUGAUGAUCUGGCUAAGCUGAAGAGAGAACUUUCUGGGACAUCAUUGAAAGGAGAGCUUCCUGCUGGUAGAACGGCAAUCAGCAGCUCAAGUGGAGCAUUUCCUUUUCGAGAUAUAGAAAUUGAAAAUGAACUUAAUGAGCUAAGAAGAAAGGCCAAGGAGUUCUAGAUUACCAUUUUGCAUCUCAUAAUUCCUCUGCAUAAUUACAGUGUUGCAGCUUGAUAAAAUUGUGCUGCAGUUCUCAUGCUGUUCAUGCAUCUGAUUGCUGCAUCGGUUGAUUACAAAAUAUGCAAAUGGCAACAUAAAUUUAUGUGCAUUCGCAUCAAAAUUUUUGUAAAAUAAACUAUAGCUUCUUUAUGUAAAACGGUUCAUUGCUAAGCAUGUAUUUUUUAUAAAUCAAACUCUUAAUGUAUAUCAUGACAAUCUUUAUUGCA